AGUAAAGUUACUUAUAACCAGGUUAAAGUUUAAAUGCGGAUGUUAAUGCUGAUUAAAUCGUGAGUUUGAAACUAAUUAAACAAUAAGAGGAUCUGCGCUGCGUCGAGCUGAUAAACAUCUGGCAAACCAUCAAUAUUACACAUAUUAACAGUGUCACUGACUGACAGACAUGUCUGCGUUCGAGUCCUCUAGCGCCUCCAGCAGGGCCAUCACUGCAGUGGCCUGGGCGUCUAACGCCACCACCUGCCCCAGCCAUUUCACGCUGAUCAGUCUGACUGAAGAUGGAGCCUCCGCUAACUUCAUCCGAGGGUUUGCGAUCAAGUCAGUAGGAUUGUUCCUGUGUUACAGUAAGGAUCUGUCCGGUGGGAUGGUUGUGGCGGAUGUGCAGUUGAUUUCGGAUAAAGAGACGAUUCCUCAUGGAUACUGCUACAUCCCAGAAUACCUGGAGCCCAAGGCGUCUGUCGGGAAGAAGAAGCGCAUCUGUGUGCGGAUCGUUCCAGUGGGAAGCGUCACGAUGGCUGUUCUGGAUCUCAAACUGACGGCCAAGAACAAGACCAUGGUGCAGCAGUACACCUGCCUGGGGGACAUGAAUGGCUUCGUGGUGUGGUGUCUGAAGGGCCCGUUCUCCACCCCGGCGCCUCAGGCCAAGCCUCGCAGUAUCAGUCUGGACAUGCGCAGUCUGUCUCUGGAUGGAGUCGGACCCCCGCUGCCUCUCAAACCCAGCAACCCUCCCGAUAUCCCACCGAAAUUCAGCCGUCGGCGCAGUAAGCUUGACGUGACCAACCAGACGGAGGGAGUGUAUGACAGCGGUAACCAUAGCAACAUCUAUGGUAUCACAGCAAUGGAUGGUGUUCCUUUCACUCUACACCCCAAGUUUGAUUCUCAGUCAAACACAAAGGUGUCUGCUAGCACAUUGAGUGACAUCCGGAUCAAAUCCGUGCAGGACAUUGAGAAUGAGUAUAACUACACGUUUGCAGUGGAAGAACUGGCAGCGAAGAGAAUCCGUCCGUCGCUCUCCUGAAAGCUCUUUCUUUCAUCAGAUCAUAGUGGUUUUCUUCCAAUGAUCUGUGAAAUCACACCUUGAAAUGAUGAUUCUGGUGUUAUGAUCAUGUAUUAGAUCUUUCUCACACUGGUUCUGGCUGCUCUCUCUCUCUCUCUCUCUCUCUCUCUCUCUCUCUGUUUCUUGUCUGGGUUUGUUGAACAUGAAGGAUUUUCUGCAUCCAAACACAUUAUGUACAUGUGUUUAUAUAUAUAUAUUACAGCUUCACGUGUUUCUACGAAACACUGACAGGCGAAUCUAAGUGCUUCUCGACAGAGAUAUGUAUGUUAUGUUAUUUUAAAAGGCCAAAAUGUUUUUGAGCUGUAGUUGGUAUUUAAACAGUGUGUUUACACUACUAUUUAUCUUAUAAAAUAUGUUUGUACGGUUACAAAUGUGGGGACCAAAAAUGUUCUUGUAUUCUCUGUUUAUACUCUUACAUAUAUCAUACUAUGGUGCUCUGUGAGAUCGUCUUUGUACUCUGCUAAAAUGAUGUCUUUUUGUGGAAUUUUAAUAAAAAUGAUUUUUUAAAUCA